GAUUAUAAACAGGUAUACAGACCUUGAGACGAAAACCGCGCAUUGACAAGCUUUGAAUCAAUUGAGCUGCCCCUUCAGUUUACAAGCAUUGGGGGAGGCACGUUGUUUUGUCAUUUCUGGACCCUUCGCAAAAUUACAAUAACAAAUUAGUAUAAUUUCCUGUCGCGCUUCUUGGGGGAUUAAAGAAGAGAGCCGCGUUUCCACGGGAUUUGCUGCCUGUGGAUAGAAUGCUUGUUUUCAACAUGAACCCCGAAGUUCGGUGGGAGCAGAACCUCGAGGGCAGCUCCAGCAGUGACGGGGGGUAUGGAUGCAAGAGUUCACCUUUACCUGGAGAACCGGCAAGUCCUCAAAACAUCCCCGCGUCACCCUCCUCUGGUUUAACUGAGGUCAAUAAUCUGCACAGCGAGCAGGCGCUAGCACACGGGUCUCCGCCUGCGACAUUUAACACGGAUCCAUACCCUGACUCCAAUCUUGGAAAAACACAACCUCAGAAAAGAUAUAUAGGAGUCAGGGUUAGAUUGCCUGUAAAAGAUAUGCUGAGAAAAAUCCGAAUUGCAAAUGGUGUCGAUCCUACUGACCUGCAGGAAACUCCAGCGAAAGGAUUCAAACCGCAUUCAGGUAUGCACUUUAAUCUGAGAGACGGUCAUUUAAAAAAAAAUGUUCAAGUAGCACGCUGCAGAUCCUCCCAAUCCUCUUAUUUGUGCACUCAUGUUUCUGUCUUUGGUGCAGGAUAUAAAAGACGAGUUUAUCCAAAUUCAGAAAGGAGAAAUAGGCAGAAUAAGUUAUCCGCAAAGAGCCUGGAAGUUUUGGAUAUGCUUGUUGAGGUCUUGGAAGAGGACUUAAGAACAAGCAAAUCCAACAGACACAAAGCAUCGCAUGGCAUGAUCCCAGACUGCGUUUCUCAACCCCCCUACCCCGACCCGCAGAGAGCCCCGUGGAAGCGAGACUGUACCAGCCAGGCGUGUAACUCCCUUCUGGAGUUCUGCCCAGGGAGCGGCACACCGCCGUCACAAAGCUAUUACCUUCCAUCUGAUUUCUCUCCAGCUAGCUCUCCAGAAAGCCUUGAGUACCACGCCUCUCCAAGUUACGAGCCGGUCCAGUCCCCUGUCUUUACAAACGACUGUACGGAGGAAACGUUGCCUGCCCAGCACUGUUACAGAGCUGAGCCUCUGAGCGUAGACUACCAGGUGCCGUCCCCGUCCUCUCCAGAAUCCGUGUACCACAGCCCACAUUCUCCAAUGACAUUUAAGAGUCAUUCUCCUUAUGACCUGCGGCAGGACAUGGGAGUGCUUUCGUUUUUCCAGUUUCAACUGCAGAGGGAAGAGAGUCUCCUCUCCACGAUUUCUGAUCAGGAGCUGUUCGCGGUGGAUAAAUGUGGGAACACAUUGCUUCACAGAGCUGUAUGCCAGGGCAAGAGGGCACAAGUCCACGCACUUGCACAGAGGAUGAUGAAUACACACAGAAUAGAUGACAAGGAUGCUUCGGAAAGGACGGCAUUGCAUCUUGCAGCGUUGAAAAACCAGCAUCUAAUGGUCGCCGAUCUGAUCUCCCUCGGUGCCAACAUUAAUGAACAGGACAAGUUUGGGAAGACCCCACUGCACCUAUGUGCGGCAAACGGAUAUGUCAGAGUCUUGGAGAUGCUGAAAAAUGCUGCAAGUGAUGGAGCUCAUGUUGACAUGGAGGCGGUCGACCACAGUGGUCUAACUCCGCUGAAUUGUGCAGUUAUUGCGUUCAACAAGACGGUGAGAGAGCUGGAGAAAGCAGAGGUUCCCAGCAAUAUCAACUUCUUAACUCUCAAGAAAGACCAGCUUCUUGAUGGGAUAGAGUACCUGCUGGAAAUGGGAGCCCAUCCUUCCUGUCCUGAUCCUGUAUCAGGGCGUACAGCAAUGCACUUUGCUCAAGAAGAAAACAAUGUGGAUCUGAUUCACCUUUUUCAGAGCCGAUAUCCCAAGACCGGAGACCUGUUGAAAGAGGAUUAUGCAUUGUGCACCAUGUUGGAUGUGAUGAGCAAUAUGGGCAGUUUGUACUCUUCUGGAAGGAGAACCUGAAAGCUGUGAAGCUGCUUGUUCCUCUCCAGUGGUGAUCUUGCACGUUUUGCUACCGUGUGGCUGCCAAGUCUGGCGGUCCGUUAACUGACAGUAAAUGUCUUUGAAUUGUGAAAGCCUGAACCGAAACUAGAAACCAGACUUUGAAGGUACAAAAGUAGCUUGCUAACAUGCAGAGAAUAUGACACAAUCACAAACAUCUGGAUAGGUCUAUGCCUACAAUGAUAUUUCAUUAACAUGCUUUUGAAUGCUUCUGCUACAAAAAUGGCAUCCUUUUCAAUAAAUACAAAUUUCCAUAUUCCGUAUUUCAUCUGUAACGUCGAACACUCAGUCAUACAUUUUGCGUGAAAUAUAAACACAAAAAGCAUUCGCCGAAUCAUUUGUCUGCUUGACUUUUCUUAUUGCAAUGCAUUUGUAUCAUCCAGACAAUGUUUUAGUGGCAUGCAUUUAAUUAAAAGCAUUGUGUAAUGUUUCAAAGUAAGGUUCAGGCUUGUUCUCGUGCAACCAGAGUCUAUGAAAGGGCUAUACGAAUGCAGGCAGGGUAUGGAUUUGAAAUGUGAUUUGAAAAGGAAGAUGCUGUCCGCAUUUCUGCUUUCAGAAGGUCUCAUUGGACUUACCCAGACUGCAGUAGUCUUUUGAAAGCCUAAGGUUGCAAAUUAGCUGGUUUCUGUGAAACUUCCUUUGUUUGCUACAUUAUGCUAGCACAUUGUAAAUCAUGUUGUUACUGAGAAACAGAGCUCAACCUCUCUCUUAGUUCUUGUGUGUCAGGUUCUGUUUUGUGCUCUUCUAUUCUGAAAAUGUAACUGGUAACAUGUGGUUUAAAUGGAGGUUAUAGUGGCCUGACUUAUAGGAUGCUUAAGAAUGUGAAACAAGGGUCCAAAUUUAAUAUGAAAUAACAGUGUGACCAUAAUUUAAUCCACACCUAGGUUCAGAGGUUCUGCAAAAUCUACCAAGCAUUUUAAGAAUACAUUGUGCUGUAUGUUAAAAUGUGCAAAUCUAUAAAUACCGGUGUUAGUCUGUUGUGCUGUAGCUGUUGAAUGAAAAGUGAUCUGCAUGUGAUACUAGAUACUGACCCUAUAAUAAAUGCUGUUUGAAAAUGGUUUAAGCUACUCUGAAAGCUUCUCAUUGUCGUUAUGUUUUGGUUAUACAAUUCUGUGAAAUUUAUUGUUCAAAGUGACUGGUGUCUGGAGCCUACAAUCUUAAAACAGUUUCAGUUUGUACUGUGUAACUGUGGUAAUUCAUUGAAUAAAAUGUGUAA